CAGUUCAAAUAUUUUUUUGGUAUAAACAUUGUACUAAGAGUGCUUUUUACAAUGGCUUCUUCUUCGUCACACAGGCUUGUGUUCUUCUGCUUAGCUUGCCUUCUGUUCACCUUUUCUUACAACUCUGUGGCUGGUGAAUCCGACAAAGUGAAGCUCAAUCUUUACUACGAAUCACUUUGUCCCUAUUGUCAGAGUUUCAUAGCCGAUGGUCUAGUCAAGAUAUUUGACUCCGAUCUCCACACAAUCACUGAUCUAAAGCUCGUUCCAUUCGGUAACGCUCAUGUCUCCGAUAAUCUAACUGUCACUUGCCAGCAUGGUGAAGAGGAAUGCAAACUAAACGCCAUUGAAGCUUGCGCCAUAAGAACUUGGCCCGAUCCGAAUGUACAUUACUGGUUCAUAAGGUGCAUCGAAAACGACACAACAAACUGGGAAUCAUCAUGCUUCGCGCAAUAUGGAGGUGAGAAGGCCAUCAAAGAUUGUUAUUCCAGUGAUCUCUCUAAAAUUCUCAUAUUUGGUUAUGCAAACCAGACUUUAAGUUUGAAGCCGAAACAUAAGUACGUACCAUGGGUCACAGUAAACAGCAAACCACUAUACAAGCUUAAUGAUUUAGUAGCCCGGGUGUGCAAAGCGUACAAAGGAAAGGCUUCUCUCCCAAAAAUCUGCCAUUCCUCUGCUCUGUCUAAGUUACCUGAGAGCAAAGUGAUGAAGCUUCAAGUCUCCUAUGCCGAUGAAGAUUUCAAUUACCAAGCAGAAGACUUAAACUAAGAUGGAUUUAAGCUUAUGUUAUAAGUGGAAUGAUAAAUAAAAGAUCUUUUAAAAACUCUUAUGUUUACGCGUUUAAUAUAUGAGUUAGCCGUUUGAUAUUGGAAAA